AUGAUGAUUCAAGAAAAAAACGGGAAUCUGGAUAUGAACACUGUCGAUUAUAUUAUUGAGGAUACAAACUUCAAGCACAUGAGCAUUCCUCUGUUGGCUAAUCUCAAUUUCGAAAUCAAGGCACUAAUUGGAAAUGCCACCGAUAAAAUCAAAGAUCUCUUUCAGAACAAACUGUCAAAAUACAUGUCAACAUUUGAGGUCUUAAACGGAUAUAUUCCAGAUGACUCAUUGAUUCAAAAUCUAGUAUCCAUCAGGUCCACAAUUCUACAUGAGAAACUUCCCGAAGUAACUUCGUUACUGAAAGAAGACUUGUCAGUAUCAUCCCUUUUAAUUAUUCAAGCAUUUUUCAACGAUUCAACUAUUUCACAUCUGUUACUAUCGGACUUUGAAGAAUUAGAAUGCAAUCUGAAAUUGGUCUUGAAGGAAAAAGAUGUAAGAGAAAAAAAGCUUGCUGAACUGAAGUCACAAUGCCAAAGCCUUUGGGCAAAACUGGACACUGAAGUUGAUGCCAACUAUAUUACUGAGUUUUUACUUUCGAAUAAUAACAUCCAUCAAUCGAGUAUAGAAAACUAUCAACACGAGUUGGAACGAUUGAACGAACUGAAACUGAAGAAUGCGGCUAAAUUUAUCAGUAUUCUUCGAAAAGAAAUUGAAAGUUACUGGAAUUUGUUGAUGUACACUCAGGAGGAAAAGAGGAACGAGUGUCCAGAGUACUUUGUGUCAGAGAGCACACGUCUUGACGAGGACCUUUUGAAUAAACAUCAACUGUACAUUAGUGAAAACCUAAACGUCAAGGUUGAACAGUUGAAACCGAUACUGAACAAUGUCGAGAGACUGAAAGAGUUGGUCAAAGAAAAGCGGGAAUUAGAAGAAAGCUGUAAAGAUUCUUCCAGGUUGUUAUCAAGAGAUUCGUUCAAGAUUUUGAAAAGGGAAGAGCAAAUACGGACAAGAAUCACCAAGCAUAUACCUCUACUUUUGGAGGUGUUAAAACCGCAAUUAGAGAACUAUAAACAAGAGGCUGGAAAAAGCAUAAUCGUUGAUGGUGUAGAUGUUUGGGAAACAAUCAACGAACUAGAAUCAAAGUUUUUCAAGAGUCGCAUAAAGAGAACUCCCUCGAGGAGACUGAACAAAUCAGCACCUUCAUCCUCCAGAUCAGGUGACGGGAACAGAAGAAACUCAAGCACAGCAACCACGCCGACCAGGAAUAAAGUCAUACGCUCAAAUUCUACACUAGGAGUUUUUAGAACUCAUCAUAAUACCAAUGGAAAACUAUUGAAUUUGAAAGAUAGUUACAAGUCAAAGCAACCUGGAGCGAGGCAAGGGCCAGGACCGUUAAGGCCCAUUAAUAUUAAUGUCAAUUCCAGGGGAGCAAAUAGAAUGGGGAAGCCAAAACAUGUUUUAAAGGUGAGGAAACCCCAACUGGUAGUGUCCAAAAAUGUAAACGUCUUCAGCUCUCCGGAGAGAUUUAAAGACCAAACCCCAGUUUAUCUCUCCAGUGAAGACGAACUAGACACUGAGAACAAACUCCCAGCAUGGAAUAUGGACUUAGAAACAUUUUAG